AUGGAAAAAAUCACGGAAAAUCUCGAGGCCAUGGAGAUCGGCGCACCAACAACUUCGGAUUCUAAUUUCGAUCAGCGACAGCACGAAGAAGCUCUCCGUCUUCAGUCUAUGGCUCUAGCCAAUAAAAAAGAUGAAAACAAGAACUCCAUUGAUUUCAAGAUUACGAACAUCGAGGAUUUUGAAGGAAAUUAUGCCAAGUUUCAAAAUAUGCAUAGGAACGACUAA